CAAAAAAAAAGAAAAAGAAAAGAAAAGAAAAAACAAAGAGCUCAAUUGAAAAUGGGUGCUUUUUCGUCUGGGCUGCCAACAUGCCAUCCAGACUGAGGAAGACCCGGAAACUUCGGGGCUACGUGAGCCACGGCCAUGGCCGCAUAGGCAAGCACCGGAAGCACCCCGGAGGCCGCGGUAAUGCUGGUGGUCUGCAUCACCACCGGAUCAACUUCGACAAAUACCACCCAGGCUACUUUGGGAAAGUUGGUAUGAGGCAUUACCACUUAAAGAGGAACCAGAGCUUCUGCCCAACUGUCAACCUUGACAAAUUGUGGACUUUGGUCAGUGAGCAGACACUGGUGAAUGCUGCUAAAAACAAGACUGGGGCUGCUCCCAUCAUUGAUGUGGUGCAAUCGGGCUACUACAAAGUUCUGGGGAAAGGAGAGCUCCCAAAGCAGCCUGUCAUCGUGAAGGCCAAAUUCUUCAGCAGAAGAGCUGAGGAGAAGAUUAAGGGUGUUGGGGGGCCUGUGUCCUGGUGGCUUGAGGCCACAUGGAGGGAGAUUGAUUAAAUGCUGACUACUUAAAAAAAAAAAAAAAAAA